AUGCCCCGCUCCUUCCUGGUCAAGAAGAUCAAAGCAGACGCUUUUCAGCCCUGCGAGGUCCCGGCUCCCAGCUACCAUCCCCUGGAAGCGGCUUAUGUGCUGGCCGGGUCCCGGGUGGGCAGCGGCCCCGGGGCCGAGAAUGGGUAUAGCCAACAUUGCCUCACGCCCUCCGACUAUGAGCCUGACAAGAAACAAGGGUUUCAGCUGGUGUCUUCAGACCCAGUCUACGCCCCGGCUCACGAGGAGUACAGCGACCCCGAGAGUCCCCAGUCGAGCCUCUCUGCCCGCUACUUCAAUGGUGAAGCUGCAGUCACAGACAGCUACUCCAUGGAUGCUUUCUUCAUCACUGACGGCCGCUCCAGGCGACGCAGCGAGAGCCAGCGGCGUGGGAGCCACCGCCACUCGUGUAACGAGUGCGGCAAGACCUACGCCACCUCCUCCAACCUCAGCCGGCACAAGCAGACCCACCGCAGCCUGGACAGCAAGAUGGCCAGGAAGUGCCCCACCUGCGGCAAGGCCUACGUCUCCAUGCCCGCCCUGGCCAUGCACAUCCUGACCCACAACCUCAAACACAAGUGUGACGUGUGCGGCAAGGCCUUCAGCCGGCCCUGGCUGCUACAGGGCCACAUACGCUCGCACACGGGCGAGAAGCCCUUCGGCUGCUCCCACUGCGGCAAGGCCUUCGCCGACCGCUCCAACCUGCGGGCCCACAUGCAGACCCACUCGGCCUUCAAGCACUACAAGUGCAAGCAGUGCGAGAAGACCUUCGCCCUCAAGUCGUACCUCAACAAGCACUACGAGUCGGCCUGCUUCAAGGGCUCCGAACACAGCUGUGCAAUAGAGAACUGAGCCCUGUCCCCCAGGGCAGGGGAGAGGAAAGGCCGGGGAAGAGGAGGAGCUGCCGACAUCUGGGAGGAAGGGGGUUCCCUCCCCGCCCUCUCCCACCAGCGAAAUCUGGGCUACUCGGAGCGCAAGAGACGGCAGGGACUUUUGCAGUUCGGGCCAGCCGUGUUUGCUGGAAGGAUGCGUUUUCCCAGGGAUGCUCAGACUGACUUGCAUCCCGCCGUGGGGAGGGUGUGUGGGGCUGGGGGGUCCCAGGAAUUUUCCUUCACGGACCAGGUGACGUUUUUGAAUGGAAAUCUCCAAUGGUGCCAACCGCCGGUUCCACAGCUCUCCUGUUUCCCGCCCUCUGACCCGAAUCCCCCAGCUCUACCCCUCGCAGCUGGUGGGAGCACAGCUCCAGGCUGGCUGGGGGAAUCGGGGCAGGAUUGACUCGGGACCUGGCAAGUCCAAGUUCCUCCCCAUGGGAUUCGCUCCUAGCUCCU